UGGGGCUGCAGGCGGGGAGAGGCGCUGGGAUCGCUGGCAAAGCGAGCCUCCCGCCCGGCGUGGCUUGGAGGGGACCGGAGCCGGGGCUGCGGGAGCUGCCCGGGGCUGGCUCCUGGCGGUAGACUCGCGCUGCAGCGGCUGGGAAGCUCCCGGAGCGGGGGCGAAGGGGGCCGGAUUGGGCGCAGCAGGGCUGGCCGCGCUCCGUGCCGGGGCUGAGCGCUGGGGGUGUCCCCGUCGGACGCUAGGCAGCCGGAGACCCAAGGCAGCAGCACCAUGAAGAUCAAGUUAAGUGGCCUCGCCGUGUUCGUGGUCCUGGCUGGCGUGUUAAGUUUCAUCUUGCUGGUGGUAGCUAUAGGGACCGACUUCUGGUACAUCAUCGAUGCCUCCAAACUGGAGCCGUUAAACAAUUCCUCCGCGACGCUGAGCUCCCACUCGGGACUCUGGCGGACCUGCAGACGUGAGAGUAAAUGCUUCCCUUUGAUGAACCCUUUCUGGUACAAGAACAACAACAUGACUGCUUCGCACAAACAACUCUUAAACAUGCAUGGGACAUUUGUAAUCCUGCUGCCUCUCAGCCUGAUCCUGAUGAUUUUUGGAGGAAUGACUGGAUUUAUCAGUAUUCUUGCCAGGGCCUACCUGCUGCUUCUAAUGACGGGAUGGCUUUUUCUUUUUGGAGGCCUUGUUACACUCACUGGGAUCAGCGUCUACAUCGCAUACUCAGCGGCUGCCUUCAAGGAAGCUCUCUGCCUUUUGGGAAGGAACAACCUCUUGGAGGAAGUUGACAUCAAGUUUGGCUGGUCUUUGGCACUUGUGUGGGGCUCCUUCAUUGCAGAGGUGCUGACUGGGGCAGCGUUCCUGCUAGCUGCCCGAGUGGUAGGCCUCAAACAGAGUCGGGAGCAGAGGAUCUGAAGCAGCAAUGCAGCCUAAUGAUACUGUGGAAUCUAACAAGGUGAACUGACUGGAUCAAUGUGGAUAAGAAGAAUGGUAAAGCUACUCCUGAGUGUACCACAAUGCUGAGCUAGCUCUUCUCCUAACCAAUGUGCAGUGCUCACUAUGGCAACAGUUCAUUGUCAAAUGUUAAUGAGGUGGCCUUUGUGUCUUUAAAAGAAAAUUAAUUGUAUAUAUUUAGUGCUCACUAAGAUUGCUCAUUUGACAAGCCCAGAGACUGAGCUGCCCCCUUUUGUUGCAGGAUAGGUCUAACACAAGACGACUUCUCUUUCUUUUCCCCUUUCAACUGCCCCUGACAAAGUGCCUCAUGACUGCACUGGAGUCCUGUCUCCACAGCCCACUUAAUCCUGGGCCUUUGCUGAGACUCCUAACAAGGGUGCCAAUUAGUGCUAGCUGUGAUAGAAGCCUCUCUCCCUUAACAGCUGGCCCAAGACCAUCACUACAUUUAUUGUACAUAGGCUACUAAGCAGCCCUUAGACAUUGUGACCUUCAUGUCUGCUCUUAUAUAGAUUCUAUAUAUCUGAAGACUGGUUGAGAAAGACAAAACACAUAUGAAUAAUAAAAAUGUAUAUCCUAGCACAGUUUCACUGCACAGAAUGAGAUUCAGAUUAGUGAUUCAGAGUGCCAUGGACUUCAGAGUAUUUGAAGAGUGACGUAAACAACACAAAUGACAAUUCAGAGUACCUCGGCUUCCAGUGUACUUGAGUGAUAUCCCAGGUACAGUAGUAGGACUUGGUCUGAAGUGCAAUUCAGUAUCAGUGGUAUUAACACUUUACUAAUUACAGAUUCUCUCUGUUCCCUUACAUCUCACUUCAGACAUGGGAGACCUUCAUCUCUUAUACCAUACCUGUGAUUCUGUUUUUUAAUGACACACACGUGCAUGUACACACAAAGAGCUAAUGUUAGAAAUGAAACAGCCCAAGAAACCUGUAAGCCAGGUCAGGUAUUUCUAAUUUCAAGGGAGUUCCUUCAGAAUAUAGCACUCACUUUACCUGGUGGACGAUAUUUACCCCUCACCGUUUAUUACACAUUGCGAGUUGCACUCUUGAGAUGCAUGAUACUUUAACAUUGUCAUUUACUUUGUUCUCCAAGGUGUUUUUACAUCUGGAUUUGUAAUUUCAAUGGGAACUCUUAUCAUGCAUUGUGAUAGGAUGUAUUUAACUUGUAUAAAAUCAUACAUACAACUCAGCUGAAAUUUAUCUUACUGCCAAGUACUUGUUUUUUGUGUCCUGGCAAAUAAUACCUAAUAGAGGGCCUGAUCCAGUGACAUUAACCCUCUAACUCCCAGUGAUUCCAGUGGGCUUUGGAUCAAGCCCAUAUUGAGUCAACAGCUCCACUAUAUUCCUGUUAAGGAUGUGUGUUUCUUUAUGACUUCAGUGUAGUGAUCCAUAUGCAAUGAAUACAUGGAAAACCAUUCUGAAAUAAGGAGACGGCAAAUCUAGCAUAGGACUGAGAGUCAGGAUGCUGCGGUCUUCUCAGCGGUGUCACUGAUGUGCAAUGGGACCUUGGGCAAGUCCCUUUACCUCUCUGCAUGGUAGUUUCUCCAUUACUGAAAAUGGAGAUAACUGUUCUCACCUGCUUCUGUUAAAUGUUAUAGUGAUUGAUUAUUUUUUGUAUCCAAAAACUGCAUCAUUAGUUAUACGGUGGUGUCUAGAGACCCCAGCUGAGAGCAGAGUCCAAUUGUGCUAGGUCGUGUAUGGACAGAGAGAAAGAGGCUUUGCUCCAAAGAACCAGCACUGUAAACAGGCUAAGGCAGGAAAGAAGGGAAUUUAAUGGAUUAGGAAUAAAGAGAUUAAUGCUUUGGCCACAGGCAUGCAGGAACUCUGUGGCAGAGCCAGAAAUCAAACCAGAUCUUCUGAUUCCUAGUUCAGUGCCUUACCUACAAACCCUCUCCCUCCUUUUCAUCGGGAUGAAAUACAGGUAGGAUUUUUUUAAAGCUCCUCAAUGAUUUAGGAGAACAAGUCCUAUGGACAGUCAAUUAGACUUGAGCUCCCAGGUCAUUUAGGUGCUUUUGAAAAUCUCACCCCACCACAUUCCAGUGUUAUUGUAUUUUCAACAUGUUGCCAUGCACUUGAAUUUCUGUCUGUGUACUAACAACAUGCAAUCACUUUACCAGUGCAAAAAUAUAGUAACAGCUUUAAAAUGGAAGUAGGGAAAAUCUUUCAUUACCAAAGUUACACACACUUGAGUAUGGUACUUCAAAUGUUUUGUGUUAGACUCAGCAUCUGUUUAUUAACAAAAGUCUCUGUAUGUGUGAGAUCGUAAUUUAAUGCUGUGCCAAAAUUUGUAUGAUGUAACUCUAAAUCUUUGUUACUUAUAAAUGUAUUAUAAACAGCAGCUUCAUGCUGAUCUC